CAGCAAAAAUUUGUAUUUGUAUCAGAUUAUACUUUUGAAGAAUGGAGGAGACGUAGUCCUUGGUCUUGGAGAAGAUGCAAGAGACUGCUGGUGCUGAGUGAGGAGAGAGAGAGAUACUUCUACUUACUAUCAAUUCGCGUGUCGUCUUACUCUCCUCGACCACGACCUUCCCUCGUCUUACUCCCUGUUGUAUCCGCUGUUAUUCGUUAAAGCUACAAUGCUGCGAUUUACAAGAGCUCUUGUUGUAUUCAUCUACCUCCUACGGCUACGUCGACCUCGUUGAAAAACCCUCGAAGGAAGGCGCCCCCGGAAGAUCUCCCGAAAUGACGUGCAGUGGAAAUUUAUAACUAGAAGAAACUUUGAGUUAAUUUCUCUCUUCUGCCUAAAUUCCUACUCUAAACUAGAAGAAAGUCAAAAAUUCAAAUUUACGCCUUCUCUUUGUUCGACUCAACUUAGCAAGUAUUUCAACGUCUUUUCUUCAUCAAGUCGGUAAAACAAAAUCAAUCUUAAAAGAAUGGCCGAGCCUGAAGGUGACAGCAAGGCCGAAGAAGGUGAAGCGGUUGUUCCUGAGCUUCCACGCGCUGAAUCCAGUGCCGGACCAAGACAGCGAGAGCUGGAGCGAGUAGCUUCAAUAGCGAGAAGUGAGGUUUUCGCACCAGACACCAAGGUGCAGACGAUGCCUCUCAGACAAUAUUUGGACUCGCAGAUUUUAAGGCCAAUAGAUACACCUACGAAGGUACCUCUACGAAGGUACCUACCAAUAUACAGUUUACCUACCAACUAAUUCGGGGUACCUACCAGUACCAAUAUACAACCUACCAAUAUGUUUAGAGGGAUACCGAUACUCCUAGUCCGUGCUGUUCUUGACAAAAUAUGAUACCUACAACGACUACCGAGGAUAGUAUUUAAAAGUUGUUCCCCUUGAUGUGUGAGUAUUGGCUACUAAUGACGAAUCAAGCCAUUACAUCCGCUCCUGCUUUGAUGUAAAGUCGGUUGUAACGACUACCUAGGAUAAAGAAUCUACCAGUAUAGUCUGUUCGGAUGAUUCAUCUCAGCAUUGUCAACUAUUUAACAAAUAUGCCUUCUAGACUCUUCUAAUUCAAGUCCCGACUUUGCUGCCUGGUCUAGCCGCCGUAGCCAAAGAGAGACCUGAUAACCCUGUGGAAUUCCUUGCGCAUUUUCUCAUGAGCAACAAGCAGACUUCUACGUCGUGA